AUGGCCGCCCAGCAAUGGCUGACAGUUCUGCUUUCCCGUAGUGUUCUUCCACCCCCGCCGAGGUACCCAUCGGGUCCAGGAUACAAUGGCCUUCCCGCGGGCACGCCAAUGCCCAUGAUCGAGACAAAUAACGUCCUCAGUAACCCCUCGGGGCCCGAGUUUCAGUUUCUGGUUGGCGAGGGGUUGUAUGUGUUAAAGGAAGAUCUACACCUUGCGACCCCUCCACCACACCCCUCCGAGGCCCCGUUGGUCAAUCCGAAUCCCCUCGCGACAGCCCCCCAGCCUGCGACCGCCGGAACCCAGCUUACCCUAUUGAACCUCGACGUCAACCCGCUAUCGCCUGCCGUCUACCGGACAACUUCGCGAUCCGAUGGCGCACAGGGGAGCAUACAGGAGAACCAGGACGAGAGCCAGUCGUCGACAGACGUGCGUGAGAGCACCAGUGAUGCCGGCCGUAUCAGCUCCACCGAGCGUCUUCCGCUUCUCAGAGCCAACACCAACACGCCGGCGUUUGGCGAGGGCAACACUCUCCUUGCGCCGGUAGCCCAGAAAGAUGCGAACAAGCGGCGCAAGCCCAAAAACAACAUGACCAAGAGCAAUUCGUCCUUCAUCUCGAGAGUGAUCAAUCAUGAGACGUUGAGCAAGCGUCUGCAGGAACGAGCACGGGAUGGCUUGUUCGCCUUUGCCAACGUUAACCGCGCCUUCCAAUGGCUGGACCUGUCUUCUCCCGCGAAGGCCGAGUACUUAACUAAGAUUCUAUUUACCAAGGCCCAUUGCCUAUGUCAUGACGUGAAUAAGCUGACCAAGAGCUCAACACAUAUUGACGUGGUCAUGGGGUUCUCAACCGGCGAAGUGAUCUGGUGGGAGCCCAUCACACAGCGGUACACCCGGCUGAAUAAAAAUGCCGCCAUCAACGGCACGCCCGUGUCGCAAAUCGAAUGGAUCCCGGGGUCCGAGAAUCUCUUCCUCGCCGCUCACAUGGACGGCACACUAGUGGUGUACGACAAGGAGAAGGAGGACAGUGUUUUCACUCCAGAGAGCGAGAGUAACCCCCGAUCCAGCAGCGACACCACUGGCACCGGCAGGGUGAACUACACGUCUCAGAUCUACGUGCACAAGUCGGUCCACUCGAAAAACCAAAAGCUCAACCCGGUAGCGGUAUGGAAGCUUUCCAACCAUCGCAUCAACGCCUUCGCAUUCUCCCCGGACAGCCAGCACCUAGCCGUAGUCUCCGAGGACGGCACUCUCAGGAUCAUAGAUUACCUCAAAGAACAGCUCCUCGACCUGCACUACGCCUACUACGGCGGGCUGAGCUGCGUGUGCUGGUCGCCCGACGGCAAGUACGUGGUGACGGGCGGGCAGGACGACCGCAUCUCCAUCUGGUGCCCGUCCGAGUCGCCCGCGCUCAUCGCCCGCUGCCAGGGCCACCACUCGUGGGUGACCUCGGUCGCCUUCGACCCCUGGCGCUGCGACGAGCGCAACUACCGCUUCGGCAGCGUCGGCGAGGACCGCCGUAUCUGUCUGUGGGACUUUAGCGUCGGCAUGCUGCACCGCCCGAGGGCCGCUUCGGUCCGGCACCGCGGGUCCAUCUCCUCGCGCCAGGUCGUCCCCGUCCCGCUGCACCGCGCCGAGACGGCUGCGACGGCGGGGACCAGCGGCAGCGGCAGGCUGCGGUCGGACUCGAAUCUCUCGUCUGUGGGUGCCGUGCCGGCCGAUGGUGAGAGGGAGAAGGUGCUGCCGCAUCCUGUGGAGCCGAGGGCGACUACGGCGACGUUGCCGCCGGUUUUGGUAUGUUUUAUCUUCUUUAUUAUUCCCGCCUGUUUCUGGGUGCUAAUAGCAUGUGAUGCGGCGUAG